AUGGAAACCGAUAAAAGAUACCCAAGUACUAGUGUGUACAAGAAGUUACCAAAGACUAAUGAUACAAAAAGCGAUCAAUUAUUAAUUUUCAUUCCAGGAAAUCCGGGGCUUCUCGAUUACUAUACCACCUAUCUUGAUUUGAUUCAAAAUCAAAAUCCAAACUUGGAAAUAUUAGCAAUAUCCCAAGCUGGAUUUCAAACUACAGAUGAUUUUGAAAAGGAUCUGGAUCCAUUCAAAUUUUAUGACUUGGAAUACCAAAUUAAACACAAGUAUGAAAUUGUAAAAGAUCACGUCAAUGAAGGCCGUUACGAUGGCAGAAACAUUGAGUUAUUCUUCUUGGCUCAUUCUGUUGGUUCCUACAUGGUUCAAAGAAUUUCAAAACGUCUAAUUGAUGACGAGUCUUUGAAUGGUAAAAUCACAAUUAAAUUCAUUGGAUUGAUUUGCCCAACAAUUGUUGAUAUCGGUAAAUCAUCAUCCGGUCAAAAAUUUACCAAACUUUUUUCAAUUUUGCCAAUUCAACUCUUACUUUUCCUUAUCAGUGUAUUCAGAUUUUUUUUGCCCACUGUCCUAGCUCGUAUGAUUAUUGGUCAUAUCAUAAUUUCCAAACCAGUUCUUGAUACCAAAGCCGCAAUUGAAAGUUGGGAAAAUUCAAAAUCAGCAACAUUUAAAUUAUUUCUGUCAAAUCAAAUCAUAAGACAAGCAUUCACUCUCGCAAAGGAAGAGAUAGAAUGUAUUCAUAAGCAUGAAGACGUCAAUGACUGGUUUUUCAAAAAUUUAAGCCAAACCGUCAAAAUAUGGUGUUUCUUUGCCUUAACCGACCAUUGGGUUCAUGAUAAUACAAGAGAUUACAUAUUAACCAACUACCAUGACAGAAAUAAUAGGAACGUCGAUUUCCAGCUUGGCAGCAUCGAUAAUGAAACCGGCCAUGCAAUAACCCAUAGUUUCUGUGUGGAUCAAUCGGUUGAAUUUGCUGAAUUGACAAACUCUGCAUUGAAGUGGUAA